CACUAGUGCUAGACUUGAACGCGACGUUUCUUCAACUGCUCUUUCAUAUAGAUUCAGCAGGGUCCCAGCUGCUGCCCUCCUUACAGUUGGUCUGCCAUGCAGUCUCUCCGCUCUGUGCGCAAGCCAUCCAACGGUCGGCAGGCGAAACGCCAGCCGUCGACGAGGCCUACAAAACCCAAUGGUGCCCCCUCUAAAGAUGCACGGAAGUCCCGGGUCGAUGACAAGAUCAAGAAGCGUAUGUCCAUGCGAUAUGCGGACAUCUCUGCACCGACAGACGCGACGAACGUACCCGCGGUUCCAUCGCUGCCGAUUGGUGUCACCGCUACCCGCAGCCAGCGGGACGACUUCGAUGGGGCGGAGAGGGAGCGAGCGCAGCCGAGGGGCGAUUCAAAGGCGGCGGAGAUGAAGCUGCUGGACUCGGAGGACUUCGAUCCUGACGCCUAUCUCAAGCUAAAACUAGCCAACUCUACCGAGGCGGAGCUCAAGUCCCUGCAGUCUUCGCUACGUUCCGCCAAAGACGACGUCGCCGCGGACUUGCAGAAGAACGUCUUCAAGAACUACGCAGAGUUCGUGCUCGUUUCGAAGGAGAUUAGCGUGCUCGAGAAUGAAAUGCUCGAGCUGAAGGAGAGCCUAUCCGAGUGGAAGAGCAUGCCCUCCUUGCUCCACAUCGACGAAUCUGCCUCUGCCGCUGAGCGCCGCCGCAACGUCCGGUCGUCCGUCGCGGACCUGCGCAUCCUCUACGCGAACCAGAUGCAAACCCUGCACGCGCAAAUCGAAGGUUCUACCAAGUUCGUGCCGACGACGCCCGGGCGGCACGUCAUCACCGAGAUGGACGGGAUCUACGCGCUCAACGCCGCGACGUACAAGGUUGAGCGCAUCGUCAAGUUCGUGGUGCUCGACGACGCCGUACUGGUUGCGCGGCGACGGCGGAAGAGGGGGGAAGAGGGCGCGGGUGGUAAGCUCGUGGCAGAGCGUUGUUGGCCGCUAGGGGACAUGCUGGUACUCGAUACGAAAGAUACCCCAACUAUGACGAACGUGUUCAAGAUUCGGCAUGGGCGCGAGACCCACGUCUACAGGACGGAGACCCCGGCUGACAAGAAGUCUCUCAUUUCGCAUUUCCGUCAAGCCGCGGAGGAAUUCCAGGCGAAGAAGCAGAAAGAGAGAGAAGGCGAGCACGAGCGGCGGAAGAGUCUUUGGGCUGGCGGUGACUUACAAGUAGGGUUGGAUAAGGUGCCUCCAAUGCCCGAUUGGAUGGCAGAUCUCGCGCAGGCCGCAGGUAUGGGUCCGAGUGCGAAGGAGAAAGUGGAGAAGGACGCGCGGUGGGUUGGGGAGUUCACAGAUGAACUCACCGUCGCGAUCGCUCUGCGUGAAUGGGAUCGUGCCGUAGAACUAGUCGAACAAGGCGAGGCUAAGCUACCAACAACCGCCACCCUCUCCACGAAGCUGCCUCCCCUCACCGCUGCCCUCACUGCCAACCUUUUGUACGCUCUCUCAUCCUGUUCAUUGCGCAAAUCGACCGUCGUGCACCUUAUCUCCCUCCUCAACCGCCUUCACGCGGGGGCGGCAGCGCGUACGACAUUCCUGGCAGCCCGGGGCGAAGCCAUCCGGAAGAAGAUCCGUACUAUCCGGCUCGAAGGGCACGUCGGCGUUUAUGUCAAUGAGCUCGCCAUUGUCAUUUUUACUGGGAUCAAGCACACGGCGGACUGGUUCCUGGCGAGCUUCAAGGAGAACGAAGUCGCCAGUUGCUUCGUAGACUGGGCGAAGAAGCAGCUGGAGAAUUAUGCGGAGAUAUUUAGGAAGCAGGUGUAUACCUCAGACGCUGACCCGAACCUUAUCGAGGAUACGAUAUACAUCACUCGUUCUCAGAGCAGGAAGCUACUUGAAGAGUUUGGCUUAGACUUCCGCUACCUCCUCGACGAGCUUCUCGCCGAGAAGCCUAACAAGCAAACUCCACCCGCGUUCCGCCCGCACGUCGCGGUCAAGGUCCCUGAACCCACUCGGACGCCCGCCACAACGCCUGUCGCAGGCCGGUCGCCGCAGAAUACUCCUCCACGAGGGCAGUCGCCUGCCCCCCCUCUACCUGCGCCGUUGGCCGCCCCCACGCCCAUUCCUCCCCGCAUGCGUUCACCCGCGCCUAGUGCGCCUGGAUCGACGCCAAGUUCUCCUGGCCCGCUGCGGGAACGCCCUCCGAGGUCGUUGAGGGGUAGUCCGGCGCCGCCGCCGAGGUCGAGAGACCGCCCUGGGAGUUCCUCAGGACAUAGGCCCCCGCCAGUCGCCGUUCCCAGGAGUGAAGGCAUGUUCUGA